GUUUUUGUGUUAUGGUCCAACCUUUCCUCGGUAGAUCUGUCACCUAAACUCACCACUGACAGAAACGGUCAGUGGUUGAUGUGUUAGUGAGAUCUACCGAGAGGUCAGGGUUCGCGAGCGAAGGGUCACUUCGGGUUAGGGCUCCGGCGCGAAAAGAUCGAAGAGCGUGUUUAGACCGAACCGAGGCGCGCGCGUCCAAAUGUAUCGUAACGUGUGUAAUAUAUAAUUGUUAAUUGUCUUAAAUGUCCGUGUCGUUCUUAACGUCUUCUAAUACGUGACGAAAGAAACAGAAUAUAAAAGUGGCGACGAGGAAAACGGAAAAAAUAUAGGAACUAUAAACGAAAAAAAAGUGUUAUAGUGCAAUUAUUCGCGUGUGCAUAAUUCCGCCGCAGCAACAAUGUACAGUCCUGAUGAAAAUUCCGGGAUGGACGAUCCGCGCCGAUUAUCACAGAACGGCGCAAACGCUCUGAACGCCGCGUUCACGCAACGCAUGCAUCCACCGCCGCAAGGUGCAGCGACGCAGCCGCAGCAACCGCCAUCGCAGCAUCCAGGCGCAGCGUCAGCCCUGGCAGGACCAGCGUCACAAAGUCCUGAAUUUGGGAUGCUGUACCAAAUGCUGCAACUAAUGCAACAGCAAAUGCAGCAACAGCAGCAACAGGCGGCUCAACAGCAGCAGAUGAUGGCUCAACUAAUGCAGCAGCUUCCCCCAACGGCAUCUCAGCCCCCCGCUCACCAGCCCACACCGCCAACAGAUCCCGAGCUGGUUAUAAACGCCCUAGCGGCAAGCAUCACCGAGUUUCGCUACGACGCAGAAGCUGGUGCCACAUUUCGCGCGUGGUACUCGCGAUUCGAGGAUCUGUUCGUGAAAGAUGCUUCCCGGCUCGAUGAACCAGCAAAAAUCCGCCUGCUAACCCGUAAGUUGGGCACAAUGGAACAUGAGCGUUACGCCAACUACGUUCUUCCCUGCCACCCCCGCGACUUCACAUUCGAUGAGACGGUAAGCAAACUAAAGGUGCUUUUCGGAAACGUCGAAUCGCUUAGUAGUAGGCGAUACAAGUGCCUUCAGACGAUAAAGGAGAAGAACGAGGAUCUGCUUCCGUUCUCUUGUAGGUUAAAUCGUGCCUGCAACGAUUUCCAAUUCUCCUCAAUGACCGAGGACCAAUUUAAAUGUCUAAUGUUUGUUUGUGCUUUAAGAGAAGAAGUGCACAACGACAUACGAACGAGGCUCCUAACGCGCAUCGAGGAUCGACCGGAUCUAACCCUGGAACAGCUUUCCGCCGAAGGCGAACGAUUAAUAGGUCUAAAAGAGACUACGGCGAUGUUUGCUUCCGGGAGAGAGGGCAAAGUUCAUGCUCUACACAGCGCGUACAAGCAACGAGAUGCGCAGAAAGAGAAGAGAGACAACAACAACAACAAGCAGCGUCGUCCCGAGAGAAGUGGUGCAGAUUCUCCAGCAUCCAAACCACCGAGACCGUGUUGGUUGUGCGGUGACUCCCAUUGGGUGAGAGAUUGUUCUUACAGCUCUCACAAGUGUCAGGAUUGUGGGAGAUACGGUCAUCGCGAGGGUCAUUGCAGCAAGUCGGGUCGAAAGCAGGAAUUAACGAAAUUUCGCAAGCGCACUUCGGUUGCAACACGUGCAGUGGUUGUAAACGUCCGUAGCUUACAGAAGCGCAAAUACGUGAGCAUCCGAAUAGGCAGCAAAACAGCGGAACUGCAGCUCGACACGGGGUCGGAUAUCACGAUAAUAGGACGGAAAACGUGGAAGCAGCUCGGCAUGCCACCACUAUCGCCAGCAAGAGUGCAUGCGAAAACAGCAUCCGGUUCACGCCUUCAGCUGGAUGGCGAGUUUGAGGCAAACGUUACGGUGAACGGGACGACAAAAUCAGCAACGAUCCGCGUUGUUCCUAUAGAUUUACAGCUUUUAGGAGCGGAUUUUGUCGAAAUUUUCUCGCUGGGAACGUUGCCGAUGGAUGAAUACUGCAACAGAAUCGGCUGCGAGUCUACCAAAUGGGAGAGCAAAUUUCCGGCUAUUUUCAAUGGUACCGGAUUAUGCACUAAGGCAAGCAUUAAACUGCAUGUGAAAGAAAACGUCCGUCCUACCUUUUGUCCAAAACGCCCUGUGGCUUAUGCUAUGCAAGCAACAGUAGAAAAGGAGCUUGAUCGUUUAGAGCAACUCAACGUCAUCACGCCAGUCGAUUAUUCCGACUGGGCAGCGCCCAUCGUAGUCGUAAGAAAAAGCAACGGCAGUAUCAGAAUCUGCGGAGACUACUCGACUGGACUGAAUUCGGCUCUCCAGUCAUACGAAUAUCCUUUACCGCUCCCGGACGAUAUAUUUGCUAGGCUGGCGCGGUGCAGAUUUUUCAGUAAAAUCGACCUUUCCGACGCAUUCUUACAGGUCGAAAUAGCAGCCAAAUACCGCCCUCUAUUGACCAUAAAUACGCAUCGUGGCUUAUACCACUACAAUCGCCUACCACCUGGUAUCAAAAUAGCGCCGGCCGCUUUUCAGCAAUUAAUUGAUACCAUGCUCGCAGGAUUGAAAGGCACAUCAGGUUACAUGGAUGACGUGAUUGUAGGUGGUACAACGGAACGCGAGCAUGACGAAAAUUUGCUUAAUCUUUUCCGCAGAAUACAACAGUACGGAUUCACAGUCCGCGCGGAAAAGUGCGCUUUCAAAAUGCAGCAAAUAGAAUAUCUGGGUUUCAUCAUCGAUCGUCGUGGCCUCAAACCAAACCCAGCGAAGAUUGAAGCUAUUCUGAAGCUUCCAGCGCCAACAAACGUAAGCGAGGUACGGUCAUUCUUAGGCGCAGUUAACUAUUACGGAAGGUUCGUUCCGAAAAUGCGCGACCUAAGGUACCCUCUAGACGUCCUAUUAAAGAACGAAACCACAUUCGUAUGGACUCGCGAAUGUGAAAGCGCAUUCAAGCGAUUUAAGGAAAUAUUGGCAUCGGAUCUGCUACUUACACAUUACGACCCAAAUGCCGAAAUAGUAGUAUCUGCUGACGCUUCAGCAGUGGGACUUGGUGCCACCAUAAGCCACAAAUUUCCAGAUGGCUCAUUAAAAGUAGUACAACAUGCCUCGAGGGCACUUACGACAGCGGAAAAUAAGUACAGCCAAAUCGACCGUGAGGGUCUAGCCAUCAUUUUUGCAGUGAAAAAGUUUCACAAAAUGCUGUACGGUCGGCAUUUUCGUUUGCAAACUGAUCAUCGUCCGCUGCUCAGAAUCUUUGGAUCGAAGAAAGGCAUACCGGUUUACACAGCUAAUAGACUGCAACGUUUCGCGCUGUCCUUGCAGUUGUAUGAUUUCAGCAUCGAGUAUGUACCAUCGACACAAUUCGGAAAUGCUGAUCUGUUAUCGAGGCUGAUCAGCGAACAUGCGAAACCGGACCCCGAAUACAUCAUAGCCAGCACUGAGCUCGAGCAGGACGUAAGUUACGUUGCAACGCAGUCAAUUAAAGUAUUCCCUCUUAAUUUUAGAGACGUUGCGUCCGCUACAAGGGCUGACCCGAUACUACGGCAGGUACUUCGUUACGUCCUGCAAGGGUGGCCUAAAAACUACGCCUAUGGACAAGAGCUGGCGCGGUUCUUCAAUCGAAGCGAGGCGUUAUCCACGGUACGUGGAUGCAUUUUGUUCGGGGAGAGGGUGGUCAUACCUACCAAGCUGCGUCACAUAUGCAUAAAGCAGUUACACGAGGGCCACCCAGGUAUGCAACGGAUGAAAGAACUAGCCCGCAGUUACGUGUACUGGCCGGGCAUGGAUGAGGACAUCGUGGAGUGUGUUAGAACGUGUCACGCAUGCGCGGUUGCCGCUAAAACACCUCCACGCGCUAAGCCGGUACCCUGGCCGACUACAAAACACCCAUGGGAACGCAUUCACGUCGAUUACGCGGGACCGAUCGAGGGUGAUUAUUUUCUAGUAGCAGUCGACGCGUACACGAAGUGGCCAGAGGUAAUAAAGACGAGCAGCACCACCACACCGGCAACGAUAGCAAUUCUACGAAACCUAUUCGCAAGAUUCGGGUUUCCCGUGACGCUAGUAAGUGAUAACGGACCGCAAUUCACUAGCGCCACGUUCGAUGAAUUCUGUGCUAAGAGCGGCAUUCAGCACAUAAAAAGUCCACCGUUUCAUCCUCAGUCCAACGGGCAAGCCGAACGAUUUGUCGAUACGUUCAAGCGGUCUAUAACGAAAAUCGAAGAAGGUGGAGCGUCGCGUGGCGAAGCACUCGAAAUUUUCCUUCAAACGUACCGAGCAUCCCCCAAUCCUGCUUUGGAGCAACAUCGGUCGCCAGCGGAGGUUAUGUUCGGGAGGAAAAUUCGAACUGCACUGGAGCUGUUAAAGCCACCGCCUACGCCAGAAGUAGAACGAGAAAGACGAAAUCAUCGGUUUCAGCGCAACGAGCUCGUCUAUGCAAAGUGGUAUACGCGGAACUCAUGGAAAUGGGUUCCCGCAAAAGUGAAUCGACCAAUCGGUGAUGUCAUGUACGAGAUCGAGACGAACGAUCACCGGACACACCGCCGCCACCUAAACCAAUUGCGGAAACGAACGGAAACGAAGGGCCCACAUCGAUCGAACACGCUAGCGGAUAGCUACCAACUUCCGCUAGAUUUCCUCGUGGAAACAUCACACAACGACGAACAGGCAGUGUCUGCUGGAGGCACUGUGGAACCAUCUGUACCUUCCCCACAUUUACCAUCUCCCAGGCCGGUACCUUUUGUACCAAGACGACAUCAGCAGCCGGUAAGAUCGCCACGCAGGUCUUCUAGGUCUAGAAGACUUCCGCGUAGGCUCGAGGGGUACCAGCUGCAAACUAAAAGGGGGAGAUGUUAUGGUCCAACCUUUCCUCGGUAGAUCUGUCACCUAAACUCACCACUGACAGAAACGGUCAGUGGUUGAUGUGUUAGUGAGAUCUACCGAGAGGUCAGGGUUCGCGAGCGAAGGGUCACUUCGGGUUAGGGCUCCGGCGCGAAAAGAUCGAAGAGCGUGUUUAGACCGAACCGAGGCGCGCGCGUCCAAAUGUAUCGUAACGUGUGUAAUAUAUA